CUGAUUGUGGGGAAUCUGCUUCCCUCUGCUCUCAUCUGGAUCACCUCCAGACCAGCAGCAGCAGAUCUCGUCCCCUCUGAGUGUGUCCAUCGAGUGACAGAGGUACGAGGCUUCAAUGACCCUCAGAAGGAGGAAUACUUCAGCAAGAGAAUCAGUGAUCAGAGUCUGGCCAAUACAAUCAUCUCACACCUGAAGUCCUCCAGGAGCCUCUACAUCAUGUGCCACAUCCCAGUGUUCUGCUGGAUCUCAGCCACUGUUCUGGAGAAGAUGUUGAGUGAAGCAGAGACUACAGAGAUUCCCAAGACUCUCACUCAGAUGUACACACACUUCCUGAUCUUGCAGACCAAUAUCAAACAUCAGAAGGACUAUGAGGAGAAGCUGACAGAUGAAGACAUGAUCCUCAAACUGGGGAAAGUGGCUUUUCAGCAGCUCAUGAAAGGCAAUAUAAUCUUCUAUGAGGAAGACCUGAGAGAGUGUGGCAUUGAUGUGGCAGAAGCUUCAGUUUACUCAGGAUUGUGCACUCAGAUCUUCAGAGAGGAGUUUGGCUUGUAUCAGGGGAAAGUCUUCAGCUUUGUUCAUCUGAGCAUUCAGGAACAUCUAGCGGCUCUAUAUGUGCACCUCUCCUGUAUAAACAACUACAGAAAUGAGUUUGAGCAAAUCAACAAUCACAGUUUGUUGUCAAAAGUUAAAUUCAUGUUCAAAUAUGAUCCCUUAUCUGAGCUGCAUCAGAGAGCUGUAAAUGAGGCUCUACAGAGUAAAAAUGGACAUCUGGAUCUUUUCCUGCAAUUUCUUCUGGGUCUGUCAUUGGAGUCUCAUCAGAUUCUCCUACAAGGACUAAUAAACCUGAAAAGCAGAUCAAUCCAGAAUAAUAAAACAGUCGAGUACAUCAAGAUGAAGAUCAGGACCAUCGACUCUCCAGAGAAAUCCCUCAAUCUGUUUCACUGUCUGAAUGAACUGGGUGAUCAUUCACUAGUGGAGGAAAUACAGCAGUAUCUGAAAUCUGGAAAAAUAAAGCAGUCAGAGCUCUCUUCAUCUCAGUGGUCAGCUGUAGUUUUUGUGUUGUUGACAUCAGAAAAUAAACUGGAUAAGUUUGAUAUUAAUGAGUUUGUUGGAGAAAGCAACAAAGCUGAGAAACUGAAGAUCAUUCAGAAGCUGCUGCCAGUGAUCAAAGUUCAUUUAAGGGAUUGUGGCCUCAGUGAUAAAGACAGUGAUGCUCUGACUUCAGUUCUGAGAUCAAACCCUGAACACUUGAGGGAUCUGGAUUUCUGGGAUAAAAAACUAAAAGAUUCAGGCAUGAAGCUCCUCUCUGCUGUAUUGGAAGAUCCUCACUGUAAACUGAAGACACUGAGGUUGAGUUAUUGUGAUCUCACAGAUGAAGGUUGUGCUGCUUUGGCUUCAGCUCUGAGAUCAAACCCUGAACACCUGAGAGAACUGUAUCUGUCUGGGAAUAAACUAGGAGAUUCAGUGACUCUUCUCUCUGCUCUACUGGAGGAUCCUCACUGUAAACUGGAGACACUGUGGUUGUAUAAUUGUGGUCUCACAGAUGAAGGUUGUGCUGCUUUGGCUUCAGCUCUGAGAUCAAACCCUGAACACCUGAGAGAUCUGGAUCUGUCUAGGAAUAAUCUAGGAGAUUCAGUGACUCUUCUCUCUGCUGUACUGGAGGAUCCUCGCUGUAAACUGGAGAAACUGUGGUUAAGUCAUUGUGAUCUCACAGAUGAAGGUUGUGCUGCUUUGGCUUCAGCUCUGAGUUCAAACCCUGAACACCUGAGAGAUCUGGAUCUGUCCUGGAAUAAUCUAGGAGAUUCAGUGACUCUUCUCUCUGCUGUACUGGUGGAUCCUCGCUGUAAACUGGAGAAACUGAUGUUGAGUUUUUGUGGUCUCACAGAUGAAGGUUGUGCUGCUUUGGCUUCAGCUCUGAUAUCAAACCCUGAACACCUGAGAGAUCUGGAUCUGUCUGGGAAUAAACUAGGAGAUUCAGUGACUCUUCUCUCUGCUGUACUGGAGGAUCCUCACUGUAAACUGGAGAAACUGGGGUUGAGUUUUUGUGGUCUCACAGAUGAAGGUUGUGCUGCUUUGGCUUCAGCUCUGAGAUCAAACCCUGAACACCUGAGAUAUCUGAAUCUGUCUGGGAAUAAACUAGGAGAUUCAGUGACUCUUCUCUAUGCUGUUCUGGAGGAUCGUCACUGUAAACUGGAGACACUGAGGUAA